AUGACAGAUUGGACUUCAACUUCUCCCUCCUCGGUAUUGCUGAGGUACUCCCCCAAACAUGCUCGCAAGAUGUGGAUCUACAUCAAUUCCUUUGUCUUGACCUGUUCCCUCCUACUGCUCCUGGAAAUAUUCUUGACGUUGGAACCAGAAGAUCGUUUGGAAGGCACACGGGCAUACUUGACCUACAAUAUCUUUGUUUGCUUUGCCUGGACGGUGGAAUCGGCCUUGCACUUUUUGCAAUACAAACAUGAUCAUCAUGAAGAUGAUGAAGACGUGAAACAUUAUACCCAAGCAGCACACAACCAGGAGCAGACGAAUACUACCACACCAGUAUGCGACGCCACAAAUCCCGAACCCAAGAAGGAUCAUGAGUUCUAUGCCCUUGUGGUGGAAUUAAUCUUUGCUAUCUAUUUCUUCUAUGAUGCAGUCACUACUUUAAAAGGGUUGUGGCAACAGUCGUUGGGUGUGGGGGCGCAACUGUUUGACGUGACCAUUGAUGUGGUAGCCUACGUCUACCUCUUGACCAGGCUCAUCAUGUUUACAGAAGAUGCCACCACGAUCCAUGGAAUUAAUGAGACACGGGAUAAUGUUGUUGAUGAUGAUGAAGAUGCAGCUACACCGUAUACCUUGGAGGUGACAUGA